GACGCGCAGCAGCAGCGGCGGAGGGGAGCGCAGCGCAUCACAGCCACAGAAAGUUUGAGAGCUGCAGCUGUCCGCUGGAAAAGGACACAACCUACUGAAUGUGCAAUCAGGCGGUGAAGACAAACAGCCUGAAGAGUUAACAGGAGCUGAGGUGACUCACUCGUGGCUCCUCUGAAGACGACAACUCUGUCCAAGUCUCACUGUCGGGCCCGCUGAAGACUGCUGGAAAAGCAGCACCGAGCCACUCUCUCUCGUCACUAGACUGCGCUCUCUGUGCAAGGCGACGCCGACUGCAGGCAGUUUUCAUUAAGAGCUGACAACUUACAAUAACUUGACACGACAAAAACACAGGACUCAACUUGCUGGACAACUCACCUUCUCAAUACCCUCUCACCUCAUUUUUUUUCUACCUCUUGUUGCUUCUCCUCUUGUCAAAAGAGGCUAUUUUGGAAGAGCACGUCCCAAAGGGAGAUGGUAAAGUAAAGGAUUGAUUUGAACACUUGACAGCUCUGCAGAGUCUGACCCACUUACCACAGUCCAAGGCGGGCCGAGGGAAAACAGCUUAUUUAGCAGGCAACACCUGUGAGCCUUUAUACAUUCAGAGCCAUUGAUCCACUGACCUCCUGAUCUGACAUAUAUAUACACACACACACACACACACACACUCGCGCACACGUAUAGGUCCAAGCAGGCAGACACUCACUUGGUGCUGCAGGGCUCAGCAGAUGCUAUAAAUAGCCUUGUGUUUGUAACACUUUGGGUUUUGCUGUCAGUUCAUUGACACAACACCCGUCUCUUCUAGCCAAGCUGCGUUUCACACACUCACUCACACACACACACACACUCAGCGAUACCCACCUGGGUGUUAGAGGCCCAUCUGCACACAAUUAUCUCCCAUAGAGAACACUGACCUCCACUGUGAUUAGUCGGCUGGUGUUUAGAGUUGCACGCAUGUGGGCCGGUGUAUCUCUGCACGUGUGUGUGUGUUGGUGCUAGCAGGUGGCAGUGUCAUGUCCUAUCUGCUCUGACUAAGACUGAGAAUGAAACCUGAUGUGGCAGAUUGGCUCCAAUAAAUACGCAUAGCAUUAGCUGCCUAAGGGCUGGCCACUUUAUCGGACCGCUUAGUCGGCUGCUCAAAAUGCGUGACGCCGAAAAGUAACGCGUAUAAAUCGAAAGGUGUGUGUGCCUGGGUGUGUCUAUCACGUUGUCAGAGCAGAUUAGGGCCAGGCCUGUCUUGGUGAUGUCACGUUGGGUGACCUAGAUCUGAAAAAAUAAAUUAGCCGGCCUUGGAAGUUGUAUGCGCAAGAUUUGUCCCUGAUGAGAAAACACACUGCCGAGGCAAAUAACAUCACAGUCUCUCCACUGGGGAUUGUGCUCUUGUCUUCUUAUUUGCUCUACCUACCUACCUACAUACUUUCCUACCUUCUUGCGUAGGCCAGUCGCUCUGUAAGGAUCGAAAUCCAUCAGCGGCGCUUCUCCCAAGAAACAGGGUCUUAGAGUCUUAAGCACUUUCCAAACUGCUCUUUGUAUUUCCACCUCAUCGCUCCCGCUCAGUCAGCGCGUAUGCUAAUAAUACAUCAACUCCUCUCUGGGUUCUUGUCCGCUUAGCCAAACUCCCAAACACCAGUUGUGUCCCAGCACGCCUCAUGAACAGCUUCCCUUCCUUUUCCGCACCUCCACCCACCACACCAACCAUCCAGUCAGUGUGCAAGCCUUGCCUUCGGGCCCCGUGGAGGAUGAACGAUGCCCCCACCUUGGACUAUGAGUUGCUGCUGUCCCCGGCGGGGUCCUCUCUGCCUGGGAGCCCCGGCGGCGGCAGCAGCAGUCCUCCCCUGGCCCUGGGUGGGGUGGACGCUGAGCAGCGCACUGCCUUGGCCUUUGUAGGUCUCCUCAUGCUCUUCCUGGUCUUCCUGCUGGUCAGGUGCUUCAGGAUCCUGCUGGACCCCUACAGCCGUAUGCCUGCAUCAUCCUGGACCGACCACAAGGAGGGGCUAGAGAGGGGCCAGUUUGAUUAUGCACUGGUAUAGGGCGAAGGUUGAAGUGGGGGCAUAGAAGGGAAGGUUUAAUUGCACACUGGUGUGUAUCUGAACAUGGGAGGAUGGUUUUGACCAUUUUAAUUGGACAAUAAUGAGGCAUGAAAAAUGUACAAAGAGAAUGCACUGUAAGAGGUGUGGAGGUUGGCGUAAGCCUGGUUAAAUAUGCCCGUAUUAGAGUCUGUUUACUGGUGUAAAUAUGAGAACCCUUUCAAAUUACAACAGCAGACCAAUGGAACACCGGAGCCACACACUCACCCAAACCCAAAUAUAGGACCAUGACGGAGAAAGAGAGAGGGAAAAAGAGGAUCCGAUCGAGCUGCACAGCUGCCUUAACCCGAUCUUUGUACUAGUCUAACAUGCAACCGCAUCACUCCAUCACUUCCAGGGCUAGGUUUUCCAAAUUUCCAGAGCUUUUACAUGGUAAAACACUCACAGAAUGAUUUUGGGAAACCCAUCUUCAGUCAUGAUCUAAUUAAUGAUAUCUGAUGUACAUUGUUGACUAGCACACCCAACAUGCAGAGCAAGAAAAUACAGGCAGAUCUUAAAUGAUGGUGUUUACACAUGAGCAGCUGCCCCUUUAAGAUACCAGGGUCCAUUAUGAAGCAUCGCAGAGAGAAGUGCUAACCGAGGAGAGCAAAUCCUCAAUUUGUAUUCGAUUUCUGAGAGUGAUCCUCGAGCAGCACUCCAGCUCCAGAUGCUUCAUGAAGGCCCAGGCAGGUAGUUUGUGUCUCCAUAAAAUCUUGUUAGCGUGUGUUUUGUGUGUUUUAACUGUGUCUAUGUAUAACUCAGAAGCCAUAUCUAAACUAUAUAAUCUCUUAUUAAUGCAAGUAGACUAGUAGUUUGGUUGCCCUCUUUGCUUUAGUCAACCUGCCAAGUGUGGUGAUGAUGUUGUGUGUACCGUUUAAACUGCAACUUCUAGUGAUGGAAAAGGGAAAAAAAGCUUUAUUUUUCUAUUCUUGACUCAAGUUUGGGAGUCCCCUUUUUGCUAUUGUUCUCAGUGUCCCCCCUCUUAUUGUAUCUCUGAGUCAGUCUUAUUUUUGGACUGUGGAUUUUUGAGGUAGUCAUGCAGCCAAGUACUGGGAGGCCACACUGGGAGGCAAAGCAGGUAUAGCUUUGCUUUUUGUGUUUUGUAAGUAGAUAUUUUUCUGACUAUCUGCUUUGUUUUUGCUAUGCUGGGUUGAAUCAGUGACAAUAAAAGAUUUUCUUCUUCAAUUA